ACUGUACUUGCCAAUUGCUAAAAGGUGUUUAAAUAUUCAGGGAGGACCUGGUUCUUGUGUUUCAAUUUUUGUGUAAUCUAAUCCUAUAUUCCCAGUGGUCACUGACUGCAUGUGGUAAAAUACGAGCUCUAUCUUGGUAAACUAAAUAGCAAAGUUGGACAGUUCCUAUUUUAAGUUUUGACUUCAUUAUUCCAUAAAUAAUCAAGCACGUUUCAUAUAUUUCAGUGGGAUUCACACUUCAAUUCUGUUUUUGCAUCAAUUUAACUAAAUAAUUCUAAUGACCUGCUAUCUGGUUAGCGCCAACUGAUGUCUAAUACCCGGUUCAAACGCCGUACUUCACAAUUUAAACAUUUAAAACGUUAAGGGAAGACCUAGCCCUCGUGUUUUAGUGUUUUUGUGUGUGUUUUGUCAUGUUUUUGUGUAACUUAAUCUUAUAUUCCCAGUGGUCACUGACCACGUGAUAAAAUAUGAGCGCCACCGUUGAAGUCAUUAUCAAAAAUAUUUAAAUCUAUGUAGCUUGCUUUAUAGUUUCGUUUAUUUCUGUUCAUUUCAGGGAUGCCUCCUAACCGGCUGUCUCAAUGGUGGCUCUUGUGAGAUGGACGAAGUGAAGCAAACAUUUACAUGUUCGUGCCCGAUUCCUUGGACUGGAGAAAAAUGUGCAAUCCAAAUUGCUGACACUAAGGCACACAAAGAUCCUCGUUCGUGUAACGAGUUCAAGAAAAUGGCAAACCAGAAGUUGGUGGAUGGAGAAUACCCGCUAAGAAUUGGAAACGAAACACUCAAAGUAUACUGCCACAUGACAAACGAGGGCAAAGGCUGGACUCUAAUCGCCCGUUUCUCAAACGCUGAUAUUAAGAAUUGGAGGCAGUCUAGCUUCUGGCGGACUACGCAAGGUGCCAUGGGAGCAACUAAUCCGGAUGCGAACGCUGACAUGAUCUCGCCCGCCUUUUGGUUGGUAAGCGGGAGUGAGUUAAAAGUCACGCUCAGCAAUGACUCCAGUCAUACUCCUUUGUUACAGACCACAGGUGACUGUUUGGGCGGACGAACAUUCCGAUCUAAAGUCGAAAGUUAUGGCAAGGGUUAUGUCCAAGAAAAGUGCCUGGGAAACUGCACGGUAGAAUAUGGCGGUCAGUACAAGUCCACAGAAGGAUUUCAGCAGACUGAGUGCAGUGGAGAGAUCCAAAGCGCCAACAACAUCGGCUUCUUGUGUUACAGUUACUGGGAACAUGAUUAUUUGUCAAUGAUAAUGAUUGGUGGAGGAGGAAAGAAUUGCUCUCAUGUUGAUCACGGGUUAAGCAUACGGGCAGGCUAUUUGUCACUUGAUUUUGGUGAUAUUGAUCUGUACCCAUCUUCCCAGUCCUAUGCGUUAAACCUGUGGGUUUAUUGAAUAUGAUCAAUCCUGGAGAAAAAAAUAAAUUUUAACUUAUUGAUAAUGUUUAGCUGUAAGUUUUUUAGUUGUGGUGUGGUGUGCGCAGUGGUGAGAGCGCUCGCCUCCCACCAAUGUGUCCCGCGGGUUCAAUUCACGGACCCGGCGUCAUAUGUGGGUUGAGUUUGUUGUUGGUUCUCUUCUCUGCUCCGAGAGG